AUGCUGCGAGGAAAACUUGUUGAUAAUAUUUUAGCCUUUCUGCAAAAAUAUAAAUUGAAUGGUAUCGAACUUCAAUCGCAAUAUCUAGCUGAAAAUAAUGCAGUUGCUUCCGGUAAGCAUAAUUUCGUUUUACUAUUGAAGGCGCUCAAAGAAAAAUUCGACAAACACGGUUUAAUUUUAGCUUUAUCCGUUGAUGGUUACGAAUCGACUGCUAACAAAUAUGAUAUUAAAGAAAUAUCAAAGUAUGUCAGCUUCAUAAUCUUGAGGGCAUUUGAUUUCCACGGAAAUCCUGAUGUUACUGUGAAAAGACCGAAAGCUGGUCAUAUUGCUCCACUAUAUCAUUCAUCAAAAGAAAAUGCGGAAGAACGGAAAUUGAAUGUUGAAUACAUUGUGAAAUACUGGCUCUCAAAAGGUGCACCACCAAACAAGUUAAUAUUGGGAACUACUUUUAGUGGAAUUGACUAUACUUUAGUUAAUCCAAAAAUAGUGGGUAGGGACGCACCAGUUGUGGUAGAUCCAAAAUAUUCUAUACCGUCCACAAGCUAUUACUAUACUUGUCCAUGGGAAAAGAAUCGUGCGUGGACGACUUUGUGGGACAAAGAACAGCAAGUUCCAUACAUAUCCAAAAGGAAGGAAAUGAUUGCCUACGAAAAUGUUGCGUCCAUCAAGUUGAAGGCUGAAUAUGCUAAGCGCAUGCAGCUUGGUGGGGUAUUCGCAGAUAGUAUAGAAGGAGAUGAUUUCAGUGGACACUGUGGAGGAGAGAAGUUUACACUUCUGAAGACUAUGAGCCGAGUUCUCAAAGACAAACCUCUCUACAAUGUAUUAUACUAUGCUAAAGACUUUUCAACAUUCUAUAAGACAGCCAGCUGGGCACGUCUUCAUGUCAACAAUCUCAUGUUUCUUGAUGCUCUUCUAACAGCCUUAAUUUAUCGACGAGAUACAAAAUAUACCAGGUUUCCGAUGCCAUACGAAAUUUAUCCUAAAUUAUUUUUCGACUCCAAGAUCAUCCAGGAUGCGCAACGGAAACAAAUAGCAGCAAAGAACAAUUCUAACUCUGAAUACAAGUUGUCAUACUAUUUUGAAGAUAUUGGCUUAAACGCCUUCUAUUUCUACUUUCGUAUUUCUAAUCCCUUCUGGAUAUCAGCAAGCAGCUACAACAUGUCGAAAAUAGUAGAUUUGAAAAUUCGAGGAGAAUACUUCUUUUUUGUAAACCAAAAAUUGAUGGCUCACUACCACCUUGAACGUUUGUCCAACCGGAUGAGUGAACUGAAACAAUUAAACUGGAAAACAGAUUUUCCUGGA